AUGGUUGGUAACCGUGUUUACGGUUACGAGUCUCUGGUGCUGGCAGUGCAGCCUGUGGCCACCACUGCUGCCAGGGCCUCCCUUUCCCCCACCCUCUUCCCCCCCCCGCCCAGCCUGAGACGUCACACCCGCUACAACCACCCUCUUAACUCCCUGACACCCCCUUCCCUCCUUCCCCCCUCUUCUUCCCUUGCACAGGCCCCUGAAUCGUUGGUGUUGCAAUGGUUGGCGGUGCAGCCUGUGACCAGCACUGCUGCUACCUGCCUGUUCGGGCUGCACUGGCGGGCUGCAGGGGGGAGAAGACUGAGGAAGAAGAUGGCUUCAAUUGCUGAGGUGAGUGAAACAGAGGAAGGUACAUGUCUCUGGCUGUGCCUGUGCAAGCGUGAGUGGGGUGCAAGGAGUGUGACCACCACUGCUGCUGCCCGCUUGUUUGGGAGGAGGGCUGCACUGGAGGGCUGCACUGGACGGCUGCACUGGACGGCUGCACUGGACGGCUGCACUGGAGGGCUGCUGGGGGGAGGAGGCUGA